AGCCUGCCCCUGCCCUCAAACCCAGGGACGGGAGAGCCUGGACCAGGCGUCAGGGGCACAGUGGCACUUUGGGGAGCUGCUUCUCCCUGCCAGCGAGUCCCCAGGAAGGGACAUGUGACAGACCAGUUGGACAGGCUGGGUGCCACUGGCUGUCAUUUGCCUUUGCUGUAAAAGCCUCUGGGAGCUCCUCUGGAUGCAAUUGCUCAGCUCCCUUUGCUCUCCGAAGGAUCGGAAGCAGGCACAGCUCCCUGGGUACAAGCGGCUAAAAUUCCUGGGAAUAUUAAUCUUAUUUGGCUCCCCGGGAGCAGCCCCUGUCUCCAGCUGGCUGAGGGAGCAUGUGUGGGCUCCCAGCCCUCUCCUGCCAAGGUCACACAUUAACUUGGAGUGCAGCCACCCCAGCCCAUUCGGAAUUCAGCACAGGCUCCCUGUUCCCAGCACAGCAGGGGCCGAUCUGCAUCUCUGCCACAGCUUUGCUUUUCUAGAACCACCUCUCCACCUCAGAAGACCCACUUCCAGACCCCCUCCAGCCAAUUUUUCAGAACCACCAAACACUCCCCAGCUCCACAACCCCCAGGAAACACAACAUCUCACCGUGACCAAAAAGCCCCGAUCCCCUUGGAGCGCCCAGCAGCACUGGCAGCUUCCAGAGGAACAGCUCCGUGUUCACCUCACCCACGGGAUAACCUGUUUUUGCUUGAGCUCCUGUCAACACAGCUGCGAUGAAGGUAGGGACCAAGACCCCCAGCCCUGCUCUCCCUGUGGCCACCAGGAUGAAGACCCACCACCUUCGUGUCCCCAUGGCCACCACGAUGAAGACCCACCACCCCACUUCUCCCCACGGCCAUCCUAUCAUGGCCCAGCACAUCCAUGCGUGAAGGGGCCAAGCUCCAUCUCCAACCCCAAAACAUCCCAUUCCCGCCGGAUCUCGGGUAGAGGAGGGAUGGUGGAGCCAACGCCCCUUCCCGGAGCCCCUCGUCGUGCCGGGCAGCCCUGCCCGCCCCCUGCCCGCGCACCUGCCUGCUCCGGGCUGGCAGGGUCCGGCACGAUGGAACAGGCGUCACCUCCCGCUCUCAGGGGACGUUUUCCCGAAAACAAAGACCGCGGGGGCAACGAUAUCACUCCCGGCCCAAAUUAUUUCUCCCGGAGAAGAACAGCCAAAAUCCCCCCGUUCCCCUCGCUCCCGUCCUCUUCCCCCUCGCAGCGACUCCCGACCGGGGACCCUCCCGCUGCCGCCGCCUCCCAGUCCCCUUCUCCCGCAGCUCCAGCUCCACGCGUAGCUGGGAGACCCGACCCCGGCGAUCCCUUCCAGCGGGAUAGUAAUUUGUCAGAGGACGUGGCCAGGCUGGGCGAGGCCGUGCAGGGCGGUGUUGGUGCACAGGUUAUUGGUGCUUUAUAG